AUGGGCAGCCGGCCCCGCAGCCCCAGCGCCUACCCUGCGCCCUGUCCCGGGCCGCCGUCCGGAGGACCCGGCCCCGCCAAGCGCAGCCGAACCGAGGAGCUUGCAGGCCUGGAAGGCCUGGAGGGGCCCCCGGCCGCCGGCGCCCUCACCUCCGUGGUGGUUCUGGCCGAGGGCUGUGCCCUGCAAGUGCCCCUGGACGACGUCGACCUGGUGCUGGAGCCCGAGCCCACGUCGGUCCUGCAAGUGUCUGUCGGAGAGUUCACCCUGCUGCUGGUCCCCGAGGCCCUCCUGCGCUCAGGAGAGCAGGGUCACUCGCUUGUCGGCCUGGAACCCGGCCCUUUCCUGGGCGCGCCCGGGCACGACAUCGCCGUCGAGCAAGGAUUCUUCCGCGCAUCUGUCCCACAGAUGGCCCCCCAAGAAGAGGCCUAUGAGGAAGACGCGGACCCCGCGUUCCUGUCGCCUCGGAUGGACCCUGCAGCCGGCUCCGUCGCUGGGCUCCGCCCCUGCGCGGGAAGCGUGACCAACCCCUACCGUGUGGGCCAGGUACCAGAGCCGCGGUCUUGGGCCCCCACUCCUAGUCCAGAGAGACGCUCUUCUUUCCGCUACUUCAACCUGGACGUCCACCUUCUGGAGCCCUUCCCCAACUCGCCACUCCAACCUCUACCUCCCUCUCCGAGUCCAGGUCCCCACGCGCGCCCCCAGCGCCCUCCGGGUCCUUCUCGCAAGGCCCGGAGAUGCCUGUUCCAGGAAUGAACUGAACCCACAACCCCUAGCCACCUGGUAGAGACCUUACAAGAGUCCUUUAAGAGCGCUGUGUGUACUUUGCACAACCUGCAAGAAUCACCAAGCAUGAAUAAUGGACAGAUGCUCUUUUGAUGGAAGCUGCAUUGCAAAAUUGUGGAUCAAUGGUGGUGGAACAAAACAUCUGGAAGGAAGUCACAGAAGCAAAGAAAUGCUGUUUUACGUACAGUGUACUUUUAGACAUCUGACAUGCUGCUUAGGUUGUUUUCUCUAUAAAGGUUGCCCUUAAGUAGCUGCAUUCUCCCUAGUUUUGCUUCAAACCUCAACUUCAGCACUUUUUCUAAAAACCCAUUCUUGCCA